CGCUACAAUACCCUCCUUUUACAACAACACAUCCGACCACUCCCCCGACAUUGCGAGUGAGGUAUUCGACGGGGUCUGGUUCUAGGCGAUCCUCGGCAGAGUUCAUUUUCGUUUCUCAGCCUCCCCGGAGCCGAUCGCUAGACCACCACGUACGGCUGUCAUGGUGGCAACGAAGUCUACCACGCGCAACAGCACUUCUCUUGCAUGAGCCACACAUUCUGCGAAAUGGCAGGUGCUGUGCACGACAUGGGCUAUAUGGCUGCCCAGCCCGCGCUGCUGGCGAAGCCAAUUGGCAAGGAUAUCAGAAUCUCGCAAGCGUCGGUGACGGAGGAAGAUGACUCGAGCUUAUCCUCAACCGGCACAGAGCUCUUUGACCAGGACUCUGCUGGUUCGUUACAAGAUGGCAAAUGGCAGCUUGAUGCCAAUGGCAAAUGGCGUCGAUCGGGGUCGUCAGAGCCAUCGACGAGCACGGGGAUAUCUUCGUUAUGCUCGUCCGUGGGAGCCGAAGAUCCUCACUCUGACAUUCCAACUCUCAGCUCAACAAAAAGAAAGCGUUUGGCUGAUGGCAGUUUGAAAGAAGGAAUACCAUCGCAGCCCAGUGUCACUGUUCAAACAUCUGCAACAGUCAAUCUCGAUGCCGAAAAGUCAAUCGCCUCUCAGCCCGAACCACCACCUAAAAAGAAAAGAGGUCGACCUCCGAAGGUGAGGCCAUUGAUCACAAACACAGAUACGUUGCCACCUCCGCCAGCAACAGAUGCCUCGCCCAAGGUGCCCAAAUAUCGAAAAUAUGUUCCGCCCGCGCUCGAGGCUCGUGCUCGCUCUUCCAUCCCAUCUCGGAUUCCCGCAGAUGUAUUUGCCAGCGAAUGUGUCGAAGCUGCGUACGAAUCGAGACUGGACCCAUAUGCGCUCGAUCCCGGCGAGAAUAAACUUCUCCUGGACCUGCUGAUGUCGCAGGAGGUCACCGUGUACCUGAACAUUCGAAAUGCGAUCCUUAGGCUGUGGCAGCAGAACCCUCUAUGUAGCGUCACACGCGAGGAAGCCGCUGGCUGUGCAAAAGAGAGUCGCUUUUUCGGACUUGCAGAAGUUGCUUACAGGUGGUUGACACGAAAUGGUUACAUCAAUUUUGGCUGUGUGGAGACCAUCAAGGAUAAGUCACUACCAAAGAGGUACCCGAAAGAAACAAGACAGAGAACGGUGGUGGUGGUUGGUGCUGGUGUAGCAGGACUUACUACAGCUCGUCAGCUUGAAAGCCUGUUCGUACAAGAAGCGGCCAAAUGGAUAGCCAUGGGUGAGCGACCACCACGCGUGAUCGUGUUGGAAGGACGAAAGCGCAUUGGCGGUCGUGUCUAUUCGAAGCCGCUGAGAAGCCAAGUCACGGGCAGCCUGCCAAAUGGUUUGCGCAACACUGCCGAAAUGGGAGCCAUGAUUGUUACAGGCUUCGAGCAUGGCAACCCUCUCAACACAAUUAUACGUGGGCAGCUGGGGAUCCGAUACCACCUCAUGCGGGAUGCACUCACCAUAUACGAUUGCGACGGAAAGCCCGUGGACGAACGCAGAGACAUACUGAACACGGAGCUGUAUACCGACAUUUCGGAACGGGCAGGCGACUAUCGGAUUCAACCACAAAAGCAGGAAACACUGAAGGGUGACGAAGAUCUCAUUAAUCGACAUCGAGAUCCUGCCACAAAUGGAUUCAGCGCGAUGGAAGUGGAGCUGGAGCCUCUUGGAGCAGGACACAUCAAGUCGCACAAGCCCGCGACCAGACGAGGACGUCGGCGAAACGCUCCUCCGGGCACAGAAAAGAUCACUGGCCGUAGUCAGGUCGUAGAAGAAGGUGGAAGCGCCACACACAGCGCGUCUCGAGCAGCCAGAGAGAUGGGUUGGCAAGUCAAGGAGGGUGUGGCUCGGAAUCAGAGCGUGUCUCUGCACCACAUUGCCGACUCCAGUGAUUACCCGGCACUCGGGACAGUGAUGGACGAAGCCAUCAACCAAUACCAAGAUCUCAUCGACAUCACACCUCAGGAUAUGAGGCUGCUGAAUUGGCACCAUGCCAACCUCGAGUAUGCUAAUGCUGCGCCUGUCUCGAUGCUGAGUUUGAGUGGGCAUGACCAAGAUACGGGAAACGAAUUCGAAGGCGCGCACUCGGAGAUUGUGGGAGGCUACACUCAAGUACCACGCGGUCUCAUGAAUCUUCCCACAAAACUCGAUGUGCGCUUCAACCGCAUUGUGGACAGCAUUCACUACGAUGAUGGGUCCGGAACACAAGACCCGUUGACGACCAAGGUCGUUUGUACCAACGGCGAGGUGUAUGAAGCUGACGAAGUCAUCGUUACUGCUCCUCUCGGCGUUCUGAAGUCCAAUGCUGUCGACUUUGACCCUCCGCUGCCUGGCUGGAAGCAGGGUGCCAUCGACCGUAUGGGCUUCGGGUUGCUGAACAAGGUGAUAUUACUGUACGAUAAACCUUUCUGGGACAACGAUCGCGACAUGUUUGGUCUGCUGAACGAAGCCGAACGCCCCGACAGUCUCGAUCCAUCGGACUACGCGAGCAAAAGAGGACGUUUCUAUCUGAUUUGGAAUGCCACCAAGACCAGCGGGCGACCGAUGCUGAUCGCUUUGAUGGCGGGCAACGCGGCGCACGACGCUGAAUGGACGCCGACAAGCACACUGAUGGAAGAGGUGACGAACAGAUUACGAGGCGUCUUCACCAAGGCACAUGUUCCAGCGCCGCUGGAAGUCAUUGUGACAAGAUGGCGGAGAGAUCCAUUCACCAGGGGCACAUAUUCGUUCGUCGCUUCCGAAACUAGACCUGGCGAUUACGAUUUGAUGUCUCGGUCUGUGGGCAACCUACACUUUGCAGGUGAAGCCACGUGUGGCACACACCCGGCUACCGUGCAUGGAGCAUUCCUAUCAGGACUACGAGUGGCUUCGGAAGUGAUUGAUGACAUGGCGGGCUUGAUCACCGUGCCACACCCGCUCAUCGGGCCUGUCUCACAGAAGGAGGAAACGCAACCGAAAUGGGCGCCUGCUGUACCGCCAUCGGCUCCUCGACCAGAGAAGACGCAGCAAUACAGCAUCGUCGCAGGCGUGGAAGAUGCGGGGCCCCUCCAGCCGGUCAUCAAGCAGGAAGAGGGCGCAAGCGAGGCGAGUGUGCAGAGUGUGGAUCGGCCAUCACUGCACAGGAAGAAGUCAUCUGGACCUCCGGCGAGGAGCGUGUGUGCGCACGAUGCGUCGUUCUGGGUGUCGCCGAGUUUCAAUGGGUCGGAUCUCGACUACGAAGCUGCCGUCAUGGCCACCAUUCUCGGGCAAUUGGGCGAGCGGCCCGCGAAGCCGUCGAGACCGGGCGUGAACCCGUUUAUUCUCUUCACCAAGGACAAGUGGGAAGUGGCCAAGGCGACGGUGGGCAUCAGUGGUCGGGACAAGAUCCGUGGUGAGGUGGGACGACUGUGGAAGACGUGCUCGGAAGAGGAACGAGAGCCAUACCUCGUCCAGAGCCAGGCGGCACAGGAAGUGGCCGACUCGAUGCGACGAGAGUAUGAAGAGAAGUCGGCGGAAUGGGAUCGCGAGUCGGCUCGCAUCCGCAGAGAGUACGCACUUCAACAUCCGCCUCCACCGGAGUAUGCGCAGAGCAUGGUGGGCGUGAGUAAGCGCAAGACGAAUACCAGCAAUAAUGUGGUGCUUGACCACCGAUAGAGGGCGCCAAAAACACUUUCUGGUGGUGCUCGUGGAAGACAAGCAGAAGUUAGACAACAGAAAUGUAUAUGUGAGGAGGGUUAUAGCAUGCAUCCAUCAUUCACAUGUGAUGAGAUGUGUAUAUCGGGCAUAUUCUAGUACCUAGGUAUGAUAGUAGGUAUGAUGAAGAUUUUGUUUUUUUUUUCCCCAUGGCAGUACAAGCAGUGUACAGACUACAGAGUAGGAGGUAAGGUACAGUAGGUACAGCAGAGUACUAGGUAGACAGACACUUGUACAGUAAAGGUACCAGUACAAUUACCACAUCAGGUACAGCUUGCAAACAUGGGCUACCUUGUAUCAACUCAUGGCAUCUCGUCACGAGUGCUCCGUACAUGUUUAGUAGGUUGGUAAGGUACCUCCUUACUGGUCCGGCAGAAGAGAAGUCCAGGGCUGGCUGCUAUUGUUUUGCAUGGAUGUGUUGUUGUUGUUGUUGUUGUUGUUGUUGUUGUUGUUGU